GCUCACGUCUAUACAAAUUUUUCGUACGUUUUUCGGCUUCUUCGUUUUAUUAGGAUUAAUAUACAUAUAUAUACUUAUAUAUAUAAAUAUAUAAAUCAGUAUCUUCUUAAAAUAACCCCAGACUUUUAACAACUGGAUACUGGAUACUGAUAAAAAUGGAGACGGAAUCCCGAAGAAAGGGACCAAGAAGUCCAAGCGCUGAUUCUGAUGAGUCCUCACACAGAAGACGGGCCAGGAAAUACGACAGAGACCGAUCGCCAUCGCCUAGAAGGUCGCGGUACAGAAGGUCCCGGUCACGUGACCGCAGAUCGGGUUCACACGAGAGACGGAGAAAAGACCCGGCGAGAAAUUCACAGGAUUGGAAUAAAUCUGGAGCACAGAAUCAGACACCGGCACCAGCUGCUGGCUAUGCACCGCCUGUUCACAAUCAAUACCAGGCUCCACCACCACCACCGAACACGAGCCAGCCACCGCCGCCGAUGCCUCCGUAUAAUCAAGGCUAUAACUACAAUUAUAAUUACAACCAGGGAUACGAGUAUGGUUAUCCUCCGCCAGCUGGUUAUCGCAGUGAUUACCCACCACCUAAUUGGCAAGCAGGACAAGUACCUUACAAUAAUCAGCCGGCCCCAGCUCCGCCCGCAAUGCCACCAGCAAUCGAUCCACCGCGACCUGUUGAAGCGGCUCCACCUGUUAUCGGAGCUGUUUCAAGACCUGAGGAUAGUAAAAAAGAAGCAAUUGCAGCUGAAAAAAAACAACAGCAAGUGACAUUAUUAAAACAACGAGAAGAGUAUGUAAGAAAAACAACGACAUUGCAAAGAGAAUUAGAAAUAUUGCGGCAACAGUGCAACGAAAUCGGUAAAGAAGACGGACGUGAAAAUCGUAUCGUCAAAGAAAACCAAAAGCUCCAGGUCGAGAUACAGAACAAAAUGAAGUCAAUAAACAAUGUAAUUGACAUGUUGACCGGCAUAAUCGGAGACAAAGCGACCGUUGAGGAUUUAAAAGUAAAGUAUAAGUCUGAGUCGCCUGUAAAGCGCGGGAAAAGUCCGAAAGAGGAUUUUCCCAAAGCAAAGCUAGUGGAGUCCCCGAGUAAAUCCUCCAGCUCUGACGGCGAUCGUGAGGCUAAAGCCGAGCGCGAGCGUAAGCUAAGACUUAAUGAAGAGGAUUCAAAGCCGGUGUAUAAUUUUGUACAUUAUGACCCGGAAAUGCACUGGUGCAAAGUCUGCGAUAUCUUUCCUAAAACAGCUAAGGAAUAUUUGAAUCACCUGCACUCCAACGAGCAUAAAGAAACUUGUCUGGAAAGGAAGAUCGUGGAUAUGCCCUGGCACAAACGCAAUGGCGAGGGAACGGAAAAAGAAGUACCGUAUUACCCCGGUCUGCCGACCAAAAGGACGCCUAUUAAAGGCCUGCAGUUCUUUAGUCCAGCCACUGCUUGGUACUGCAGACUAUGCGACUCUUGGAUUGGUGAUUUACACUGCGCUAGUCUACAUCUUAAAUCUAAACGUCAUUCAGAAAAUUUUAGUAAUUAUGUUGAUCAAAAUCCUCAUUGGGAAACAGAUUGGAUGGCAGACAGAGAAAAAGCAUUUUCUGAUGAACGUCAAAAGCAAAUGCAGCUCGAACUCCAGAAACAGAAAGAAGACGAGCCGCCGGCUAAAGUAAAAAAGUCAAAGAAAUCGAAGAAGAACAAAAAAAAGUCAAAAAAGCGCAAGAACAAGAGCAGCAACAGCGAAAGUAGCAGUGACUCGGAAAACUCGGACUCGGAGUCGGACCAAGACACGUCCAAGAGCAUCCGAGUGGCCAUGCGCAACAAGAUGAAGGCUUCGACCCAAGCGAUCUUGAACGAGGAAAUAGACUACCAUGGAAUUAAGCUCAAGGGCCACUGGUCUCACGUCGCCGGCGGCAAGGACGCGCCUCAAGAGAACGAUGACCGUCAGCUUCUGAAUUCAAUACGCGACAAGCUUAAGGCCAAGCAAGAGGAAGAGAUGAAGCGACGCGGGUCUGAUGUUCCAGUGACGGAGCAGCAAGAAGGCAACGGAUUCGCUGACAAGUCAGAGGCUAAUCUCGAGGCCUGGGGUCCCAAGGAACCUCCAAAGUCGUUUUGGAUAAAAAAGGACGAUGAGAAGUCGGGGCAGCCUCAGUCCCAGCAGCAGCAGAGCAAACAAGUUGACAUUCCAAAGCCCGAUGAAAUGCCAAAGCCCCACAUGGGCUUCUGGACCAAGCAGCAGGUGAAUAUGACGAUAAAACCUCAGGAUAAAUCUUCGUCCGACCGCGAAGAAGAUCGGGAACGAGACCGCGAUCGUAAGUACGAUCACAAAGAGGACAGGGACCGCAAGUACGACCGACGGGAUGACAAAUAUCACGGAAGGUAUGACAGUUAUGAUAGACGAGGUCGAGGAGGACGGGACCGCGACCGCGAUCGUGAACGAGACCGUGACCGCGACCGCGAUUAUUAUGACGACAGGAGAAAAGACAGGCGAGGCGACGACUCACCUAGACGUUGGCGUGACAGCCCGAAGAGAAGCUACGACAAGUACAAAGACAGGAGAGACGACGACUCUAAUGAUGAGAAGUACGACAAGAAAAAUGCAGAUGCUAAAAAGAAGCAGACGCAGGUAAAGAAACAGCCGACGCCUAGUGCAGGGAAGGGAAAGCUCCCGUUUAUCGGAAGACUCCCGCUCUUCAAGAAGAAGGAAGACAACAAGCCAGAGAAAGACAUCACGCCGCUGCCUUACACCCAGAGCAAGUUCGAGGACACCCCCAAGGUGCCCAAUGAGAUCAUAAACCCCCCGGGUGUUGUCCAUAUAACCAAACUCGCAGGCCCAAUAAUUGCCAAUAAUGUCACUGUUGCUAAGCCGGCGAUGAAGAUUCUCGUCGCUCCACCACCUCCAGUUCUCAAUGCGCCUAAGACAUCUGUUCCUCCUCAGGUGGUAGAUAUGGAAAUAGAAGACCAAUCAGAGGAGACGAUAAUCGAAGACCCAACGGCGGAAGCGUCAAAAACGUCUGCACCUAAACCAACACCCGCAUCAUCGACAACUGGAGCGACUGCGUACACGCAGCCGCCACCUUUCAUUGCAAGUAAUCCGCCACCUUACGUCCAGGCCCAGCAGUUUCCGGUGAGGCCGCAAGUGAUGCCCACGACGAUGCCCACAUACGCGCACCCGCCUCCCAUGCAGACGGCCUACGUCGCGGCACCCCAAGCCCCCAUGCCCAUGAUGCCCAUGGAGCCCCACAUGGUCGAGGGCGCUGCGAUCGAGGCUGAACCCGACAAGCGCGCAGAGGGUCCUCUCCCAGAAGACCUGCAAGAAGCUCUCAAUAUUAUUUUCCCAAAGGACGAACCGGAAGCCAAGAAAGAUGUACAGAUGGACAACCACAUCAUGUACGCCUCCAUGUACAGCAGCAUGAUCGGCUGCGUCGGGUACGGGCCCGAGUACAUGGAUCAGCCUCCUCCGGAAAUCACCCAGGCUGACACCGAAACCGAAACCCAGCCGGGGCCCGACGACCUCAAGAUGCUCGGGAUCGACGAGGGCGACACUAUCUUUUAGUUAUCAGUUAAUUCGAUUAUUUUAGCACCAUGAUUGUCAUUGAACCAUUUCAUUGGUUACCUUUUUUCGACCUCAAGUUGCCACUUUGUUUAUUUUUCUUACGAAAAGAAUCAUUUAUUAUCAUUGUAAUAAUAAAUAAAAUAAGAUGUUUGAAUAUAUGUAAGAGUGUAUUCGUAUAUUAUAAAUGUUAAUUAUUAAAAUAAAUUAAACACUCCA